CGCACAAAACGUUCCUUCGGAUGAAGAGCCGGGUAUUCUUGGACAACCCUUUCCCACUGGGCCUGGUCAUUCUCCAACGGGGCGGAGUAUUCCCAACGCUCCUGCAUGGUCUUUGUGAGCAUCAAAUAUGCCAAAAAUGCUGCCGGCGCCCAUCGUCGGCGUGAGAGAUUAACGUACCAGGGCAAAGAAAUCAAAGAUUCCGCAGCAAAGGAUGAUCUGCUCUCAAUUCAAACUUUGUUUGCGAGCGACAGGUUCUCGGUCGCCAGAAGCCCUAGGUAUCUCAAUCCUGACGCGGAUGCGUUUCGUGCAGCAACAGCGCCGUUUUCGCAGCAGCAUGUGUGCGAGAAGCGACCCUCGGACCACAUUUGACCUCGUGGAAGGCGUCGAAUCUCUGUACGGAUAUCGCCCGGGCGGCUAUCAUCCAGUAAUCAUCGGAGACAGCUUUCGCGACGGCCGCUACAACAUUGUCCACAAACUCGGCCACGGAACCUAUUCGACCGUCUGGCUCGCCAGGGACAAUCAAACCCGGACGUAUGCUGCUAUCAAGAUCGGGAUCGCUGCUGGCGGCCCCAGCCGCGAUAUCGGUAUCCUAAAGCUGCUCGCCCAGUCAGACGGCCUAUUACCGCCGCACCCGGGGCGCAAUGCGAUCCCGCCGUUGCUCGACAGCUUCGUCGUGAGCGGCCCCAACGGGAAUCACGAUUGCAUCGUCACUUCGCCGGCCCGCAUGCCCAUUUCCGGGGCCAAAGAGGCAUACAAAAGCCUGAGGCUGUUCCAGCUCCCUGUGGCCCGGGCUAUUGCCGCACAGCUAGCCCAGGGCGUUGCCUUCAUGCACAGCCGUGGAAUUGUCCAUGCCGACCUGCACCAGGGCAACAUCCUUCUUGGGCCGUUCCCAGCCCUCGACCCGUCGGACACGGAUCAGCUAUAUAGCGUGUGCAGCGCCCCAUACGAACAGCAGGUCAGGAUGCUCGAUCGCUGUACCGAGCUGGCGGCAGGCGUCCCUGAUCGCGUAUACGCGGGUGCUUUCUUGUCGCAGCCGAGCCACUGUGUGACCAUAGAGGGCGCCAGGGUUUUGCUGACGGAUUUCGGAGAAGCCUUUGAUCCGAUCAACCCGGGCUCCAGAGAGCCGGGCUCGCGCACGCCCAAUUUCCUAGCCCCUCCCGAAGCCCGCUUUGUCCCGGGGGCCCCGAUCUCCUUUCCUGCCGACAUCUGGGGACUGGCGUCCGCCAUCUGGGGGUGCUUGGCAAACCAUGAAUUAUUCGAGGGCAUCACAUGGACCGACAUCACCGAGGAUCAGAUAUUGGUGGCGGGGGAUCUGCCUGCAGAGUGGGCUGGUGCCUGGGACGAAAUGCGGCGCAAGGAUUCGAUGAAGGGUUCGAUGCCAGCUGACUGGGUGGACGACCCAGAAGAGCCUCCAAGAACCCUCGAAUUCCGCUGGGACGAGUGGGUGCAGGAGCCGAGGAGGGAGGCCGGGAUGCAGCUGGUGGAACCGGAAGAAAAGAAGGCGUUUUUCCGCCUGAUCCGGUCCAUGGCCGUCUUCAGGCCGGAAGACAGGAUAAAUGCCCAGCAGGUUCUCGAGUCGGAUUGGAUGCGCGACUGGGCUCUUCCAGAGCUGGCGGCCAUGGGCUCCAAUUACUGAUUUAACCAGCCAGCGGGGCGAUUCGGGGAAGAACAAGACGAUCGAGAAUAGAACGAGCAGCGGGAUGAUUUAAAACGCGACGGGGAACCGCCAGCGGAAGGCAGAUUCGCCGUUGCCGAUGAUGGAGAGACCAAAUUCGAGCCCGUAGGCGACAACGAGUCUAGGAGUGCAGGCAGGGGGGUACCAAAGAAAAAGAGGCAUGGUCUAGCAGUCCAACUGCUUCAGUGAGCGCGUCUUCAGACGGACCUUGAGCAUCCUCGGGAAAUUUUAUUAGUUGCCUCAACGGUUCACUUGGUAGGCGAACCACACAUAGGAAUAUAACCAUUGCCUGUUCCUUUCUGGACAAGGAAUCCUCAAGCGCGGCUCCAGCGCGCUGCGGAAACAAAAACAAAUAGUUAAAGUAUUAGAAGGAAUUGCGGCAAACUCGG